GCUGCCGCUCGGUACCUACGGCGGGGCGGCCGCCGCCGCCGCCCUGCUGCUCUGGGCCGUGUGCGUGCUCUGCAGGAGGAGAAGAAAGACUGGAGAGCCCCCACUAAUAAAUGGCUGGAUUCCUUACCUUGGGAAAGCUCUGAUAUUUAGAAAAGAUGCUUACAAAUUCUUACUGGAUCAGCAAAAGAAAUUUGGAGAUAUUUUCACUGUACAUAUUGCUGGUGAGAAAUAUUUUAGUAGAUAUAUUACCUUUAUCAUGGACCCAUUUCAAUAUGUCUAUGUCAUCCGAAAUAGCAAGCAACUUGAAUUUCAUGAAUUUGCAAAUAAAAUGGCAUCCAAAACUUUUGACUACCCAGCCUUGUCAAAAGGAAAAUUCCCUGAACUCAAGGAAAACCUGCACAGAAUCUACCAGUAUCUACAAGGCAAGCCUUUGGAUAUCAUUUCUGACCACAUGAUGAAAAAUCUCCAGGAUAUAUUUGAAUGGAAAUGCUCACAAGCAACAGAUUGGGAAACAGAAAAAAUGUACAAAUUCUGCUGCUCUGUAAUGUUUGAAGCCAGUUUUGUAACACUAUAUGGAAGAGUUCCUGCUGCAGAUGGCCACAAAGUUAUUAGUGAAAUCAGAGACAAAUUUAUCAAGUUUGAUGCCAGCUUUCCCUAUUUAGCUGCAAACAUACCAAUUGAGUUGCUAGGAGCUACCAAGAAGGUUCGGAAGGAGCUUAUACAUCAUUUUUUACUUCAGAACAUGACAAAAUGGCUGGGAGGGUCAAAAGUGGUCCAAGCCAGACAAGAUAUAUUUGAGAAAUAUGAGCUGCUUGGAGAUUAUGACAAAGCAGCACAUCAUUUUGCCUUCCUGUGGGCCUCUGUGGGAAACACGAUUCCAGCUACAUUCUGGGCCAUGUAUUAUCUUCUGCGGCACCCAGAAGCUCUUGCAGCGGUGCGUGACGAGAUUGACCAUUUGCUGCAGUCAACAGGUCAAAAGAGAGGGCCCACAUAUAACAUCCACCUCACCAGAGAACAAUUGGACAACCUGGUCUACCUAGAGAGUGCCUUAAACGAGAGUUUAAGAAUGUGCUCGUCCUCUAUGAACAUCCGCAUCAGCCAAGAGGAUUUUGUUCUCAAGCUUGAAGGGAAUCAAGAAGUCGUUUUGAGGAAAGGAGACUGGAUAGCCCUUUACCCGCAGAUUUUGCACAUGGACCCUGAGGUCUAUGAAGAUCCUAAGGAGUAUAAGUUCGAUCGAUACAUAGAGAAUGGCAAGAAGAAAACCACAUUCUACAAGGCAGGAAGAAAACUGAAGUAUUUCCUAAUGCCCUUUGGCUCUGGGAUUAGCAUGUGUCCAGGGAGGUUCCUCGCAAUGAAUGAGAUGAAGAUGUUUCUUUUCAUACUAUUGUCUCAUUUUGAUGUAGAACUAGCAGAAAACAAAGCUGUCAGACUUGAUAACAGUCGCAUGGGCCUUGGUAUCCUCCUGCCAGACGUUGAUAUUGCCUUUCGUUACAAACUAAGGUCCUAAAGAAAUUGAGCAGCUGCCUAGAUGCCUUCCACUAAUCUCCAUGUUUGCUCUGUUUCAUCACUCAGCUUUAUAUUUUUGGACACGUUUGCUUUUCCCUCUUUGCUUUUACCUCCUUCCUCUUUGUUUCUAAGGAGAAAAGCUGUUGCGCUGGAGGUAAAGACCAGAUGCAGGGACAUGCAGCCUCAAUUUGUCCUGCUUGAGUUGUGAGAAGUGAGGUGAUGUUACCAGAGUCUGGCCAAGUAAAUAGCCCAGCAUCUCUACAAGGUGCAUCCCCAUACUCUUGGUUGUGAGAUGAGCAGGAUUUACAGGGAGGAUGAAUCCAGGCCACUUACAUGAAUAUCAGCAUCUGCUUAUAGAAGCAUAACAGCAAGAAAGGGAGAGCUUCUUGUGAUUAUUAUCCUAACUUUACAGUUACUUUAUUUCUUUCAUGGCCUUGAGCCCUUUAUUUGGGAGAUGUGAUGG